UGCUAGUAAUAAAAUACACCAGUAAUAUAUUGACUAUUGUCUGUGUUAGAGCUAAUAAACGAUCAUCAUGUUGAAAUACGUGGUUUUUGCAUUCGUUUUUUAUAAAAGUGUGGAAGCAUACGUCGGCAUUAUACCCAUAGAGAUAAAACCGGCAAAGUUUGCUGAUCAAGAAGGAUGCUACUUUUCAAAAUUUGAUCGCGUCCUUCAAGAGGGUGUUCCUUUUACACCGAUAGAUGGAUCUUGUGAAAAGUACACUUGCCAGAAGUCUGAAGAGAUCUUUAUAGAGGGAUGUUCCCCAAGAGCAAUAUCAGACAAUUGCGAAAAUAUUCCUGCAGAUGUUACAAAAGCAUUUCCCGAUUGCUGUGGGAAGGUCCGCUGCACUCUUUCCGAUGGACAAGUCAUUGAAGUUUAACAAUAUAGAUAGUCAGAUCACACUGCUGAUUCUACAAGUCUACAUGCACCUAUAUUCGUUAACUUAGUCACUAUCAGGCAAUAAAAGCUAACGAAUUUGUUUAACAUGUAAUAAUUUUUCCAUAGAAAGUGUGGUACAAGUAUUUUUGUAUCAAUCUAUCUUUAGUGGUUUUAAAAAGUUCUUCAUAGAACACCUAUAGAAAAAGAAUUCAUUAUUAUAUAAUGAUUUAUUUAUUUUGCUAUCAUCCGCGAAAAGUCGACGAACCCAUGCGACAACGUCACCCAGGUCCGACAAAAUACUCUCUACGUACGUUUCACCCCGAAACCGGAGCAUCCUCAGGAGAUGUUGACUCUACAACGUGCGUAGAGAGUAUUUUGUCGGACCUGGGUGACGUUGUCGCAUGGGUUCGUCGACUUUUCAAGGAUGAUAGCAAAAUAAAUAAAUCAUUAUAUAAUCAUGAUGAACUUCCGCAAAGUAACGCCUGCUUCUAUCCAAUAUUUAAAAGAAUUCAUUGUUAUGUAAAACUUUUUACUCGUUGUCAUAAAUUCUUGGUUCUUUAUAUCUAGGAAAGACUCCAAAUUCAAAUGAUUGCAAAUAAAUAAUUACAAAAUAUUUGAAUUUAAACCAUUAGUAAAUAUGUUUAAUGAAUUCAAAUCGUAGAUAUAGUGUAUGAAAUUUGCUUUACCUAUUUAUAAUUUUAACCAGAUUUGCCUAGAACCCUAGUUUGUAAUCUCAACCAAGUGAAAUAAAUUAUUUUAUUUAA